AUGGCUCGAUUUGUUUUUCACUUGUUAGCUUUACAAUUGGUGUUUAUUGCCGGUGCAUUAAGCCUUUUUUCAUCAAAGAAGGUCGAUGAUGCAGUAAAAUAUCAACUUCAACAAAAGGUUCUUACACUUGGAUCAUCGUAUACGAUCAAGGAUGAUAAAGAUAAACCAGUUUAUAAGGUUGGAUUCAAACAAUUAGGUUUAGGUAAACAUCUUCAAUUAACUGACGUUAGUGGCCAACAAGAGUUCUAUUCAAUUAAACACAUUCUCAAUCCGCUUGGCUUAGCUAAGUAUGAAAUUCGUCAGAACGAUAAGGUCAUUGCUGAUAUAAGUCGAAAAUUUAAUUUCAUUGGCGGCAAAAAGUUCUCCGUUAAAUCGAAACAUGGUACAUUCAAAAUCGAGGGCAAUUUCCGUUCUCGUGAAUUUAAAAUUAAAAAAGACCAUGUUCUUGUGGCAACCAUUUCAAAGAAAUUCUUCUCCGUUGGUGACAAAUAUGGUGUUAAAAUUAACCGAGGUCAAGAUGCUCCAUUCAUUUUAGCUUUGGCUAUUGUCGUUGAUGAAGUAGCUCAUGAUUAA